UGCCUGCAUACCCCUUCGCAACGGCGGCUCUACUUAUUAGUGCGAUACUAUCGCGUCCAUUCUUUCACUUUUUGCCUUUCUCACCCGCCGCCGUUUCAUGCUAGCCUGAAGCGCCAUGCUCGACAAGGUCACCCUCGACGUUGUCAUCCACAUCCAGGCCUUCCUCUCCCCUCUGGAUAUCUUGCUCAGCCUAAGACAGACAUGCAAGCGACUAUACCACGCCACUCACAUUCGCACUGUGUGGCUGGAAGCAGCUCGUCGAACAUGCGUUCAGAACUUUGUCUUCUUGCCCUCUUUCCCCAUUGGCCGCAUGUCCCAGUCCGAGCUCGAGCAUCUUGCCACCUCCCCGGAGCGCUACCGGGCUAUACUUGCGAGAGGUGCUGAAGAGGACUGUCUCGAGCCCUACGUCCGACGCACGCUGGUUCCCCGCCGCGUCGAUCACUGUACCCACAAAUUCCUGGAACUCAUGCUCAUCCCUGGUGGGCGCUAUCUGUUUGCUUUGGCAAAAACUGCCGUCUACCUCUGGGACCUGGGUACAAAUGCAAACAAGAUGAUUCUUCCGCGUCCCCUUGCAGUGAAGGCAUUUGAGGAAACAGUCAACGACGACGUGUUCUGUGCAGGCGCUACGCCAAUUGGUUCGAAGGUCCUAUUUCUAUUAGGCUACAGCGUCGAGAACGGGGUGAAGCACGUUGCGUACGAGGUAGAUCCCUGCGCUACCUCGCCGCAAAUAGAGGAGAUCGGUUCCCUGACAAGGAACCACUCUGACGUGCGCGUCGGUACCAUUUACGACGGCAGACUUGCAUUCUGGUCUGACGAAGGGAGUGAAGUUGGCUUAUGGCAUCUUCGCAGUGGUACCACCAUAACCUGGGACGUGCCGAAGAUUCAAGAGAUGAUUUUCGUCGAAGAUUCCGCGACGUGCUGCUGCGACGACCGCAUCGACGUCUUCAAUCUCAAGAAGCUACUGUCGCCGACCUCGAAGCCUGUCACUGAGCAUUUUCCCGAGCUCACGCCAGUCCUAUCCCAUCCGCGCACCAUCGAUGUCGUCCAACGCAUGUUCCGCUGGUACACGCAGGACCCGCACCUCAUGUUCUUCGACACCUUGGACCUCAGCACGGAUAAGAAGACCUUCUCGCGCUUCCGCCUUCAGCCCUCACCGCCCGGUGACGCCAACUUGCCGUCCUUCGUCCCCGUCUUCAUCGAGUCCAUCGACCUCACUUCCGAGAUAUGGAAGGCGCGCCUGGACCGCUCGUGCACAAACCUGAAGCUCCUCGAAGAGGACGUCUGCUUCGCGUGGACCAAGGGCGAGUACGAGCAGCUCGGCGUACACAUGGGGCGGUCCUCGCCCGCCGAUCGACCAUCCUUCGCGACCCGGUUGCUCUCCGACGGGGAGGAGACCGAGGUCGAGGAGCCUCAGACGGAUGCGAACGAGGACAACGUGGAAGACAUCCCCGACUUUGACUUCUGUCCCGCCUCGGGCCGGCUGGCUUUGCUGACAGACGACUUCGAGAUCACCAUUCUUGACUAUCUUAUGCCGCCGACAUGCUAGGCACAUCAAUCACAGGCUCAACUACACAUACACUCGCAUCUAUCACGACCACGUACACUACACUUCUUGGCUGAACUAACGAGCACGGAAUUAUAAUUGUUACUCAUACCUCGCCGGCGACAGGUCUUGUGCUUCUCGCUACUACUCUACAGUAUAGCGACCCACCUAUUGUUUACGGAUACAGCGUAGGCUUGUAAUCCUUACUACGUCCAGAUUGCUCUAUUGACAACCCCCGGAUUUUCGUGCAGCCCAGACGGGUGGCAGGCUGCGUAGCCACGAAACCAUUGCUGGUGUACGCGCGGUGCCGAGGGACCUUGUGCU